CAGAAAAUUCGGGCCUAUCACGAUUACUUCGGUGGUCAACAAUUCAGGUUCUUAUUUGAAGAUUGCUAAAGAAAAGGGUAGCUCAAUUUUAAUCCCGAAGGGUCCGCGCAACUCAAUGCUCAAGGAUUUUCUAGCUUUAUUUUCUAAUUUUGUUGGAGUAUCUUAUUUAGAGCAGGAGGAAGCCAUGCAUCGGGAGUACGAGACAUUGGCUGAUACUAAAGAUAUCACCAUUUCCAAACUCAUUUUUAACUAUGAAGUCCAGAGAGCCUAUGGCGAGAAGCAACAACUCAUCUCUUUUCAGAAACAACCUCAAGUUCCACUUCUUCAGGCUUACUCUGAUGCAUCAGACAAAUUUGAUCCUUCUGAUGACUCUUUUUUCUCAUACGAUUUUUUAGGACAUGCAACUUAAAGUGAUCGUCGUCCUCCUUAUUCAAACAAGGAUGAAAUUGGAAACUCCA